AAAACAUAACAUACAUACACAGAUCUAUCUUAAUCGCUGUCCCUUUACCCUUACGCGCUAAUCUCUCUCUCUCUCUCUCUCACACACACACACAAACACACACAUUAUAUGUACACUUAGAUCUUUCAUCUUCAACCUCAGUAGUUGGCACUUGUCAAAGUACUUUGAGCUGGGUUUCCAUCAACUACCAAGAAAAGAAUAAAGAUUCAAUCUUUUCUUGUUAAUUAUAUUUACCAAUUGGGUUUUUAAGGGUGAGUGAAAUCUUGCAUUCCCUUCAUGGGUCUUGAUCUUUGUGGCAAAAAGAUUGGAUCUUGAAGGGUUUUAGUGUGUGUUUGUGUGUGACAUUUGGGGGCUAAAUGGAUACUAAAGGAAGACUUGUUGCUGGUUCUCACAACAGAAAUGAGUUUAUUUUGAUCAAUGCUGAUGAAGUUGGAAGGGUUACUUCUGUGAAAGAGUUAAGUGGCCAUUUUUGCCAGAUUUGCGGAGAUGAGAUUGAAGUAACUGUGGAUGGGGAGCAAUUUGUUGCCUGCAAUGAAUGUGCUUUCCCUGUUUGCAGAAACUGUUAUGAAUAUGAGAGAAGAGAGGGCACUCAGUCAUGCCCUCAAUGUAGAACCAGAUACAAGCGCGUUAAAGGAAGUGCAAGAGUGGAUGGAGAUGAAGAAGAAGAUGAAUUUGAUGAUUUAGAUAAUGAGUUUGAUUAUGAGAGCAAUGACCACAGAUACCAUCAACACGGAGGAGAUGCAAAUGCCCCAUCUGGUCGCCAUAAUAUUGGUCGCGUUCCAUCUAACGCGUCUGGGCUUACAGCACCCUUAGAGAUGGAUUCGUCUACUCUUAACCCUGAAAUCCCUCUCCUUACUUAUGGUCAAGAGGAUGAUGCAAUUUCAGCCGACAGGCAUGCCCUUAUUGUGCCCCCUUAUAUGGGCAGUGCAAAGCGAGCUCAUCCUACGCCAUAUUCUGAUUCUUCAGUCUCUUUUCCACCUCGACCAAUGGAUCCGAAGAAGGAUUUGGCAGUAUAUGGGUAUGGUUCUGUUGCAUGGAAGGAAAGAAUGGAGGAGUGGAGGAAAAGACAGCAUGAUAAGCUUCAAGUGGUCAAGCACAAAGGGGGCUUUGGAGGUGGCAACAAUGUGGAUGAUCUGGAUGACCCUGAUUUGCCAAAGAUGGACGAAGGAAGGCAGCCAUUAUCAAGGAAGCUACCAAUCCCUUCAAGCAAGAUAAAUCCAUACAGGAUGAUCAUUAUAAUACGAAUGGCCAUUCUUGGACUGUUUUUCCACUAUAGGCUUCUUCAUCCAGUUCAUGAUGCCUAUGCAUUGUGGUUGGUAUCAGUUAUUUGUGAAAUAUGGUUUGCAGUAUCAUGGAUAUUUGAUCAAUUCCCGAAAUGGUCCCCUAUCGAGCGAGAAACGUACUUAGACAGACUAUCUCUAAGGUAUGAGAAAGAAGGGAAGCCUUCUGAGUUGGCUCCUGUUGAUGUGUUUGUGAGUACAGUGGAUCCACUAAAAGAACCUCCGCUCAUCACUGCUAACACAGUCUUGUCUAUCCUUGCUGUGGAUUAUCCAGUGGACAAGGUUGCAUGUUAUGUCUCAGAUGAUGGUGCUGCUAUGCUCACUUUUGAGGCCCUCUCUGAAACAUCUGAAUUUGCAAGGAAGUGGGUUCCUUUCUGCAAGAAGUUUAAUAUUGAACCUCGUGCCCCAGAGUGGUAUUUUGCUGAGAAGGUUGACUAUCUGAAAGAUAAAGUACAUCCUACAUUUGUAAGGGAACGGCGAGCAAUGAAGAGGGAUUAUGAAGAGUUUAAAGUACGAAUAAAUGGGUUAGUUGCAAUGGCACAGAAGGUUCCUGAAGAGGGAUGGACCAUGCAAGAUGGCACUCCAUGGCCUGGGAACAACGUUAGAGAUCACCCUGGAAUGAUUCAGGUGUUCCUAGGUAACAAUGGUGUUCUUGAUACUGAUGGAAACGAGUUGCCUCAUCUAGUUUAUGUUUCUCGUGAGAAGAGGCCUGGAUUCGACCACCACAAAAAAGCUGGUGCUAUGAAUUCUCUUAUUCGAGUCUCAGCAGUCAUCUCUAAUGCUCCAUACCUACUCAAUGUUGACUGUGAUCACUAUAUAAACAAUAGUAAAGCACUCAGGGAGUCAAUGUGCUUCAUGAUGGACCCUACAUCUGGAAAGAAAAUAUGCUAUGUACAAUUUCCUCAAAGGUUUGAUGGGAUUGAUCGUCAUGAUAGAUACUCAAAUCGUAACGUUGUAUUCUUUGAUAUUAAUAUGAAAGGAUUAGACGGCAUCCAAGGACCGAUAUAUGUUGGAACAGGUUGCGUGUUCAGGAGGCAAGCACUUUAUGGAUAUGAUGCGCCAGUAAAAAAGAAAGUGGAAGGAAAAACUUGCAACUGUUUGCCAAAAUGGUUUUGCUGCUGUUGUCCAUCUAGAAAGAAGACCAAGAAAGGUAAGUCCAAGGAUAAGAAGAAGACGAAGAGCAGGGAGGCUUCAACACAAAUACAUGCACUUGAAAAUAUUGAAGAAGGGAUCGAAGGAAUAGAUAGUGAAAAAACAUCACUCAUGCCCCAGAUAAAAUUUGAGAAAAAGUUUGGACAGUCACCAGUGUUUAUAGCGUCAACACUUCUAGAAGAAGGUGGAGUACUGCCUGGAGCAACUUCAGCUUCACUCUUGAAAGAAGCAAUUCAUGUUAUUAGUUGUGGUUACGAGGACAAGACAGACUGGGGAAAAGAGGUUGGGUGGAUCUAUGGCUCUGUUACUGAGGAUAUAUUGACCGGGUUUAAGAUGCACUGCCAUGGUUGGCGUUCUGUUUACUGCAUUCCUAAAAGGCCUGCCUUUAAAGGGUCAGCUCCCAUCAAUCUUUCUGAUCGUCUUCACCAAGUCCUCAGGUGGGCCCUUGGAUCUGUUGAGAUUCUCAUGAGCAAGCAUUGUCCGAUCUGGUACGGGUAUGGCUGUGGUCUGAAGCCACUGGAACGGUUUUCUUAUAUAAACUCUGUUGUCUAUCCUUUAACAUCAGUUCCAUUGGUUGCGUAUUGCACAUUGCCGGCUGUCUGUCUUCUGACCGGAAAGUUUAUCGUGCCGGAGAUUAGCAAUUAUGCCAGUCUUGUGUUCAUGGCCAUGUUUUUGUCCAUUGCGAUAACUAGUAUCCUAGAAAUGCAGUGGGGUCGUGUUGCCAUAGAUGAUUUGUGGAGAAAUGAACAGUUUUGGGUGAUUGGGGGUGUCUCAGCACAUCUCUUUGCUCUCGUUCAAGGUCUUCUGAAGGUUUUGGCUGGGGUAAACACUAGCUUCACAGUUACUUCGAAAGGAGGAGACGAUGGUGAAUUUUCCGAGCUGUACCUUUUCAAGUGGACUAGUUUAUUGCUCCCUCCUCUAUUAUUGCUGAUAUUCAACAUAGUUGGGGUACUGGUGGGAAUUUCAGAUGCUAUAACUAACGGUUAUGAGUCAUGGGGUCCACUCUUUGGCAGGCUGUUCUUUGCUAUCUGGGUCAUUGUCCAUCUAUAUCCCUUCCUGAAAGGAAUGAUGGGGAAACAAUCUGGGGUGCCGACUAUCAUCGUCGUAUGGUCGAUUCUUCUUGCUUCAAUCUUUUCACUGUUAUGGGUACGGGUCAACCCAUUCGUCUCAAGAGAUGGCAUUGUAUUAGAAGUUUGCGGGUUGGAUUGUGACUGAGGCGCAAAGGUAUUGUCAAGUGUUUUGUGUUGUCUUUUAUUUGGAAAGAUUGUUAAAAAAGUGCAGAAAAAGGUCACUUAAUUGCGCAGUUGAAGACAUUUUACACGUUCUGUGUUAUACAAAUUGUCAAAUAGCAGAAAUGAGCCUAUUAGAACAUUCUUGGUGGUGUAGAUAGAAGGCCAGUGCAGUGGUUGUACCAUUAACAUAUUCUUUUUGUUACAUUUUUUACAAAAUUUGUCUCGGUGAAUAUAAAGUUAUAUUAUUAUUCUUUAAAUUAAAUUCUCUCUAGGCUUUUUAAGUUUGUCAAACUUUAUAACACUGAUGGUGUGGUGUUGUGUACUUUUGUGGCUUGUAUCUUCAUUAUAGAAUUGUGAGGUAAACUUAUGAUUCUUGUAUUAUAUUCAUGCUAUGGGACAAUUUUUGCUAUGUAAUAUCAAGGUUCCAAGGCGGUGUCGGUGAA